AUGGAGCAAAUUCAGCCUGGAGAUUACGACCAAGAAGCGCUGCUACCUGUUCUCGCGCAGCCAGUGAACAGCUCCGAUUCGCUUGCCUGUCUCUGCUGCUGCAAGUUCAAGCGACUUGGACAUGGCUACAUCCUGUAUGAACGAAGCGAUGGCGAUGGAAUAAGGACGACGCUCUUGGUUGUGGGGCCGCACUGGAUCGGAGUCUUGGUCACGUUAAGUGUCGUGCUGUUGUGUACGGGCAUGUUCCUCUUCCAGCAUGUGGCUACGAUGCCAUGGUACUACUCACUAAUGACGUUGGGAUUGUGCGGGACGACACUGUACUACCUAUUCCAGACGUCAUGCUCGGAUCCAGGCAUUGUGCAGCCACUACCGCACAAGAAAGACGAGUCGAUGACUCGAGACGAGAGGGAGGCGGCUGAGCUGGAAGCUAAAGGCGUGGCAAUCGCGACAAUUGCAUUGGAGUCGCCGGUCGUCCGUUAUGCACGCGAUCGUCGCUUACGUCCGACACGACGUCGGUUUUGCGAUACCUGCAGCAUUCCACAGGACGACUCGACGGAUCAUUGUGAGGACUGCGGCGUGUGCAUCGCCGGUCACGACCACCAUUGUCCGUGGAUGGGCAAGUGCAUUGGCCGAGGCAACAAGCACGCGUUCAGGAUGUUCAAUAUCUCGUGGAUCAUCUCCGUCGUUUUCGUGAUCUGCGUUGCCAUCUUGACCAACGAUCAGGAACAGGCUCGAAAGUAG